AUGGACGGUGAGAGGAAGCUGCGACUUUGCCUCAUUCUUCUUGUUGAUGGGGUUAUAGUAGUGAACAGCCAAACCCACAAGCCAACUCCAAAAUAUGUGUCAAUGUUGAGGGACAUAGAGGCGUUUCUGAACUUUCCGUGGGGCCGGGAAUCAUUCAUGAAGACAAUAUCGACAAUGCGUCUUUUGCGAAAUCCAGCGGUGAAAGACGAAGACCCUGUGGCCACUUUAGUGAAGAACGUUGGCCAGCCAUCGUUUAGGCUACUUGGUUUCCCACUGGCUUUGCAGCUCCUCGCCUUCCAGGUCAUUCCAGUUCUCCUGGAGUAUCUCCCCACAACCUCGGAAGAUGACAUCCUCCUGAACUUGCAGGACGAGCACUUUCCAACGAAUCCAUCGCUGUCGUAUGAGGAUGUGCUUAACGCCGAGAGUCAUCCUAAUCUCUGUGUGAAACCAUUAAUACCGGUGGUCGCGCCACCAGGGUUUAUUGGUUGGGGAGAGUUUGCAGAGCAAGAGGUUCAAGACAGGAAGGUUUCCUACUUAGAGGAGCUCAUUGCAAACAACCACCGCUUUGUAAAAGCUGAAUGGCCUGGUGGUGCUGAUAUUUACGAGGCAAUUGUGCAUGUGUACAAACCGCCUAGAGUUGCUCACGAGAAACAUGUUUUCAACCGUAAAAAGGAGAAGCGUCCUCUUGGUGUCCGUAAAUCUCCUCCUACAACACGGAAAUCAUCUCGGCGGAAGGUUGGUGAGUCAAGCAAUUCUGGACCGCCUGAGGAUUUGGCCGAGCAAAACAAUUGGCUGUUAGCUGAGGUUAAAUAUUUGAGGGAGGAACAUUUUAAGCUUGCAGCACGGACCACAAAAUUGGAGAGAAAAGUGCAAUUCCAGGCAUCACGUCCAUUGAGGAAGCUCUCAACGCAACGCCGUGUUCCUCGCCCCAAGCUAAAGACACCUAACACAAGCGAGAGGGAUGUAUCAGGUUCUGACGAUUUGGCAGCUGAUAGUAUAAUAAGCCUUAAAGAAGGAGAAAUAAUGCCACGGCGGUGGAUGGAACGGAACUUAGUUGACGAGUCAGAUAUGAGGUCUCCUCCGUCUAACCAUAUGGUGUUUGGUGGAAGUCAGGAAUUAAUGGAGCCUCCUGAAUUUUCACCAGCUCUCAACCAAGCCGCCUCAAGAGGCAGCCGAGCAUCUACUUCGGGUGUAGUACUUGAUUUGGUGAGGAGUUUUGGGGAGGGUGAUGAUGGGAAAGAGGUAUGGUUCUUGGACAUCUCGAAAUGUACUAUAAUUUUUGGCUUUGUAAACAUAUUUACGCGUGGACUAUGUACAAAGAAGCAGGUACAUGAUGAUGAGGAAACGAGUUGUCCAGUUGUUGGUGAACAAAGGGAUAAUGAGGGGGGAGAAAAUGUGGAGAAGGAUGUCCCUAGGGAAGCAGGCGUGGACAGUAUGGAAUGUACUGAUGAGGCAGAGAAGGCGGCCCCGUUGUUUGAGAGUGUGGUUAACGGCGACGCAUCGGACAAGAUGGAUAGGGAUGAUGGACGGGUAGGUUUGGACGAGGAAAAAUUGAACGAUGUACAGGAUGGUAUGGAUGAGACUGGCGUCGUGGCUUUUAACAUCCGUCCAUCUGUUGAACAACCUGUUGAGGAAGCAGCAGCAGUGACUGGAAUGGUAGGACCAGAGGAAGUGGUUGAACCACAAUUAGGAGGAACAGCUGGUUUAAUGGGAGAGGAUGAGUUGGUGAGACAUGAAGAAGUGGGGGAAGGAGACUUUGGUGAUAGUCAUCUGCAGUCGCUUAUUGACAACAUCGUUAGCGAGGGCAGGACACCUCAGUUGCAUGUGCAAACUCUGGAUUCUAUUAGCAGUACAAUGGCUCUUCCAGCGAAAGUGCAAACCGCUCAGGUUUGCAGCACUAGUAAUAUGACUCAAUCUUUUGGAGUCCCGUCUAUGUAUUACGUUUGGCCUAUGCAGUCUGCCUCGUUGAUGGUCUCUUCACGGAAUCAUGGAGACGGUGCUUGGGAAAUAGUUUCUCAUGCUUAUCUUUUCCGUGAUCCACCAAAGGUAUUUGAGCCGGGUUUAAGCAAGGAUGUCGCUAGUAUUGGAGAUGAUCGUGGGGAUGGUAUGGACCUUGACACUGGCACAGAGGAAGCUGUCCAGAAGACAACUGAUGAGGUGGAAGCUGUCCAAAAGACAUCUGAUGACGAUAAGAUGGAUGAAGUUGGUACAGAGGAAGCUGUCCACAAGGAGUCUGAAGCGGUGUAUGUUGAAUCCGAUACAGUCGCAGCGUCCACGUUCUUUGGGGCCGUUGAGGACACUGGGAAGGCUAAGGACGGGGAAAUUGGUGUUCCUUAUAUCUCUGUUGGUGACUCUUCGCCACCACCCCAACGAGCAGCGCACUGUCCUUCUAAAAUGGAGACUGAGCUUGCUAAUGCCCUCCGUGCGGCGACAAAAGACACCAGUGAACCAGGACGUCUGUUCCCGGAAACAGAGUCUCAAAUCUUCGCACUCUUCAGGAAAACACUUUCAGCUGACAAAGACUUUUUACACAUUUCUGAGGAUAAGUAUGAUCUGGAUAACACGUUUUUCCUUGAUCUCUCUGAGAGCCAGAAGUGGAUAUCGACGAAGCAUAUGGAAAUAUUGAUGUCUUACCUUGGAGCAAAGCACUCCGACGUUUUGAUGAAAGAGCAGUCGUCGUUUGCUUCGCCUUGGCUUAUUAGCCACCUUCAAGGGAAGUAUAGAAAGUUCAAGGCCGCUAUCAACAAGGAGAAGGUCAGAUGGAAUGAAAAUCUCAGGAAAUUUGUGCUGGUCCCAGGGCAGACGUGGCUUCAAGAGGUGCACACAAUAUACGCUCCAAUGAUAUGGGAGGAUAGGCAUUGGGUUGGAUUGGCAAUUCAUCUUGGUACGCGUUUUGUGGAGGUGUUGGACCCAUUCCCUUCACUGUACGCCGAUCGGAAGGUGGAUAAAUUCAUGGGACCAGUUGUGGACAUGCUUCCUCACAUCCUCAGCAAUAUGUGCCCAUCGCCAACCCAAAAAAAGAAGCCUUUCACCUAUUCUCGGUUACGUGAUAUUUACGAGAAUACACGUGCAGGUGACUGUGGACCGGUGGCAGUAAAGUUCCUGGAAAUGCAUGCGUACAACGAUCCAGCGCCUCACCUAGCCGGGAUUACUGACAUAAUGGUGGAUGAAUUCCGGAAGAGCUAUGCAGUGGAGCUGUACAGGGAAUUGGUAGUCCCUUUAUACUUCCCACCAUCGUCUCCCUAA